AUGUUGACAACGUCCUACGCCAUGUAUCAUGUAUACAUGGACACCAAGUGUCAUAUUCACAUGGACACCAUGUGUCAUGUACACAUGGACACCAUGUGUCAUGUACACAUGGACACCAUGUGUCAUGUACACAUGGACACCAAGGGUGAUGUACACAUGGACACCAUGUGUCAUGUACACAUGGACACCAAGUGUCAUGUACACAUGGACACCAAGUGUCAUGUACACAUGGACACCAUGUGUCAUGUACACAUGGACACCAUGUGUCAUGUACACAUGGACACCAUGUGUCAUGUACACAUGGACACCAAGUGUCAUGUACACAUGGACACCAAGUGUCAUGUACACAUGGACACCAAGUGUCAUGUACACAUGGACACCAAGUGUGAUGUACACAUGGACACCAUGUGUCAUGAACACUAG